AUGCUUAUCCUCUUUACUCGCUAUACAGUCCGCUAUUUUAGGGAGCUAAUAAGAAGCUACUUCACUUCGACAAUCCAUAUCUCGUAUUAUGACGAAGCGUACGAUAUGCUAUAUAAGGGACACCUACUUAUACUUCACUGCGCUAUUAAAGAUCAUCGAGAAGACAUCUACAUCUCCUCUAUUAGCCUUUAUCCAAACAUUCUUAAAGAGCUCGUUAAAGAAUGUCGAAGAACUUACCUAAAUAACAUUAACAAAAAGAUCACUAUAUUUAAGCACCGUGAAGGGGACUAG